AUGGCUGUUACCAAGACCACCAAGGCUUCGGCCAAGCAGGGCAAGACCGCCCACAAGUUCUUCAUCGACUUCUCGGGCCCCGCCAACGACGGUAUCCUUGACGCCGCCGCUUUCGAGAAGUACCUGCACGACCGCAUCAAGGUUGACGGCAAGGCCGGCAACCUCGGCGACAACGUCACCAUCACCCGUGAGGGUGAGGGCAAGAUCUGGGUCAACACCAACGUUGCCUUCUCGAAGCGCUACCUCAAGUACCUGACCAAGAAGCACCUGCGCAAGCAGCAGCUGCGUGACUGGCUCCGCGUCGUUGCCACCUCCAAGCAGGGCUACGAGAUCAAGUUCUUCAACGUCUCGUACGACCAGGAGGCUGAGGAGAACUAA